AUGGCGGGGGCCUUGGCCUGGGGUUGCUGUGUGGCCCUGCUACUGCUGCUGCUGGCCCCUCGGGGGCUGGGUCAGCGUCUGCACCCCGAGCCCGGGCCCCCAGGCCUGUGGCACAGCUAUGACUGUGGGGUCAAGGGCAUGCAGUUGCUCGUGUUCCCGGGGGAAGGCCAGACUAUUCGAUUCAAGGUGAUGGAUGAAUUUGGGAACCAAUUUGACGUGAACAACUGCUCCAUCUGCUACCACUGGGUUUCGGCCACGCCCCAGGGGCCCACAGUCUUCUCUGCUGAUUACAAAGGCUGCCACGUGCUGGAGAAGGAUGGGAGCUCCCACCUGCGAGUGUUCAUAGAAGCUGUGCUGCCCAAUGGUCAUGUUGACGUAGCACAGAAUGUUACUCUGGUGUGUCCCAAACCCGACCACACCUGGACGACUCCGGACAGCCAGCUGGUGCCGUCUGCCACAUUCUCGCUGUCUACCCCGCAAACCCAUCCCCCCCACCCCACCACGGAGCACAGCUUCAUCCAGCCUACCUCUGCCUCCCCGUCCCUGGGCUCUGGACCGGCCCAACCCACCUGGGCCCAACCCACCUGGAGCACCUUGGAGACGUGGGAAGUUGACAAGCCAGACUACAUAGGUACCCACCUGAGCCCGGAGCAGUGUCAGGGCGACUCGGGGCACAUCCCCUGCACAGUGAGAAGUUCAAAGGAAGCCUGUCAGCAGGCCGGCUGCUGCUAUGACAACACCAGAGAUGCUCCCUGUUACUAUGGCAACACAGCGACGGUCCAGUGCUUCAGAAAUGGCCACUUGGUCCUGGUGUUCUCCCGAAAAAUGGCCUUGGCCCACAGGAUCACGCUGGCCGGCGUCCACCUGGCCUACGCCCCCACCCGCUGCUCCCCGACCCAGGAGACGGGGUCCUUCGUGGUCUUCCACUUCCCACUCACCCACUGUGGUACCACAGUCCAGGUGGUUGGCAAUCAGCUCAUCUAUGAGAACCAGCUAGUGUCUGACAUUGAGGUCCAAACGGGACCACGGGGCUCCAUCACACGAGACAGCACCUUCCGGCUUCACAUUCGCUGUAUCUUCAAUGCCAGCGACUUCCUGCCCCUCCAGGCGUCUGUCUUCCCACCCCCUUCACCAGCCUCUGUGACCCAGCCUGGCCCGCUGCGGCUCGAGCUUCGGAUCGCCAAGGACGAGACUUUCCGCUCCUACUAUGAGGAGAAGGACUACCCCAUCGUGAGGCUGCUCCUGGAGCCUGUCCCCCUGGAGGUCCGGCUCCUGCAGAGGACAGACCCCCGUCUGGUCCUGGUGCUGCACCGGUGCUGGGCCACCCCCAGCGCCAACCCGGUCCAGCAGCCCCAGUGGCCCAUCCUGGAGGACGGGUGUCCUUUCGAGGGCGACAGCUACAGGACCCGAAUGGUGGUCUCAGACAAGACUGAGCUGCCUUUCCCGGCGCAUUACCAGCGCUUCACGGUGGCCACCUUCGCCUUCCUGGACUCUGGCUCCCGCAGGGCCCUCCGGGGGCCGGUCUACUUCUUUUGCAGCGCCUCUGCCUGCGCCCCCUCAGGGCUGGAGACCUGCUCCUCCGCCUGCGGCGCUAGAACUGCAAGACAGCGCCGAUCCUCGAGUCGCCACGGUGACACUGCCCAGCCACAGAACAUCGUGAGCUCUCCCGGGCCAGUGGGCUUUGUGGACGCAUACAGGAAGGAGACGACCCUGGGGCCCUCAGGCUCCACCAGGCUCUCCGACCGCAGGCUCCUCCUCUGGGUGGUCCUCCCGCUGGUGGCUGUCGCCCUGGCCCUAGGGAUCGGUGUCUUCGUGGGCCUGAGUCGGGCGCAGGUCCGGAGGCUCCAGGAAGGCAACCGAGGGUGA